AUGCAAUCAGAUUACACCAUGCUGGAUAAAGAUUCUGGCGCAGGUCCAAGGUCUCCAAAACCUUUGGAUCGUCCAUUAAUUUACCGCAUGCAACGCUUUGUCCUGUUGUUUUUCGUCGUGACGUUCUGGUUUCUGUGGUCAAACGUGGAAUGGCAGUACGAACUGUUUGGAGACUCAUUCUUGGAAGAUGGCAGGUCGUCCCAACCCCCGAAUCCGAACUUUUACAACGGGACGGAUUGGGCCCGAGCGUAUCAUCGCGGAAAUUUGACGAAUGAGACGAUAUUUAUACAUAAGGCUUUUUACGAUACUAGAGACAAAGGUGGCCCAAGAAUCAAACUCCUGGUGACAGCCGAUUGUCCCGGGAUUCAGGAUCGUAUCGAGAUAAAUGUGGAUGGCAUUCCGAUUGGAGUGGAGACCAGGACUUGUACUAGUGAUGGCUCUAGGUAUAACGACUGGCCGAAGAUGGUGCUGUUCGUCGAGUGGAUGAAGCGGUUGGGGGUCGCAAAAAUACUCUUCACCGUCCAAUCGGUCAGCCGUGAUGUCCAGAAAGUGAUUGACCAUUAUAAACAUGAGGGUAUCGUCGAGAGCCAUGGAUGGCCACUACUACCAUUUAAUGAAAAGCUCGAUCCAAAUCACGGAGUCUACUACGCCAUGGACAAUCUAGAUACCCAGCAUUGCGCCUAUUGGACAAAGAGUAAAUAUACGUAUAUUGGAGAUGCGGAUGAUUUUAUAUAUUUAAGAAAUCGCUCCCAAUCAUUGUUCGAUUUUUGCGAGGAAAGCCGAAAAUCGGAUAGGAUGAUGGGCGGACUAGCCUUCAAGCACUACGGCUUCUCGAUGCACCCCGGCUUCGUCCCAUUCCCCUACGGUUUCGACGCGUUUUUGCGCCUUCAAGGCCUCCGGAGCGUUACUGCCUUCAAGAAUAAGCGCGACCCAAAGACAAUUUUCAUGUCCCAACACAUCAAAAUGGCAUGGAUCCACUAUCCACGGCAGUAUCACCACAAUCGGCAUACGGUAGAGGUGCCAAUCUCAAAGGGCAUCUACCUACACGCCAGGCAAGACUUUGACAACAACGACGACCCCAACCGCUUUUCCUACUUGAAAUACUUUGAAGACGCCGAAAUGGAGAAAGGCUUGGCAGGACUUCGACAAGUUUUUCGGGACAUUUUUGGCUCGUCGGAGCCAGAAUACCGGGGCCGCGACUCCGAGGUGGCCAUGCUCAAUUGUAAGAGGAGGGAAAACGCGACUUCCGGCUGUCGUGACAACAGCGUUUCUUGUUACCCGGAUAUGGCCUACGUGGAUGAUUGGAUCUAUACGGCGCCCACCUUGGCCACAUAUUACUGGAUUGAUUUUGCGCGGUUGACGAGUCGUAUAUGGUUUAACCCUCGGCCUCUAAGUAAAUACGAAGUCUUCCGGCAGUACUACCCAAAAAUCGAAGCCCAGCGUAAUCUCUCUUAUCAUGGGUCGAAUUGGGACAAGUCCUACUAUCGAUUCGACAUCCCGAACAACGCGAUAUUUGUGCAUAAAGCGUUUUAUGAUUUAAGAGACCCAGCUGGUCCUCGAAUCCGAGUGAUCGUUACUGCCACGUGCGCCGGAAUCGGGGACGAGAUCGACAUUCUGGUGGACGGCGCGGCGAUAGGUGUCGAGUGGAAGACGUGCACGAAUUCGGUAAAAUGCCCAACAAACGAAGGCUGCCCAUAUUGGCACUACGAUAUUGCGAGUCGGGUCUAUAAAGACCGAGUGCCUGAUACGAUACAUGUCAGUCGCCGUAAUAAUAGGACAGCAGCACUACAAGUGGUGCCACUCGAUCGAUCCCCGUCAAAGUAUUCGAAUACGGUGUCAGCUUGUAUUGGACCGUUAUAUUGGGCAAAUGACUGGCCUCGAGUGAUUCUCUUUGUUGAAUACUGGAAGAAGCUGGGGAUCAAAAAAAUCCUCUUCACACCCAUCGUCGUCUCGAAAACGGUACAACGCGUCAUUGAUUAUUAUAAGAAACAGGGUAUUGUCGAAACCCACGGCUGGCCUCUACUACCUUUUAACGAAAAAUUGGAUCCAAAUUUUGGGGUCUACGUGGUCAGCGACAAUUUGGAUACUCAGCAUUGUGCUUUUUGGUCUUCUAGCCGCUACACUUUCGUUGGGGAUAUUGAUGAGCUGCUUGUCAUUAGAAACACCUCACAAUCCCUCCACGACUAUGUCGCUGGCGUCGACAAGAAGAAAAAGGAUCUAGGUGGUCUCCUCUUUCCCCACGUUGCUCUGGGCUUGAAUCCACCACUCGCCAAGAACCCCUUCAAUUUCAACGAUUAUCUGAAGCUGGACGGCCUCAAGAAGCCGAUCUUAUUUGCUAACAAUCGGGCUCCAAAGUCGAUUUUCGUGACCGAGUCGGUGAAGAUUGCCUGGAUACACAGCCCAAGGGCACAUUUCCGGGGCAGGAGAAAUCAUAAUGUACCCGCCAAAGAAGCCAUCUACUUGCAUGCACGCGAGAACUUUGAGCGGGAUUUUGUGAACAAAACGAUGUUGUUUACGGAUGUGCAGUUGUUUACGGAAUCAGAGCUGGAAAACAUUCGAAAGGCCGCUUCUGAAAUCUUCAUCACCGGCCCUCCAAGUUAUAAUGUGGAUAAGGUGUUGAAAGAGAUGGAUGCUUGCCGGAAAAAGAGCCUGGCCAAAACGAGAUGUCGUGAUCAGGUUGUGUCCUGCUACGCGGAGAUGAUCAAAUUGGAUGACUGGGUGUUUACGGAACCGACAGAAGAGAGCUAUUAUAUUCCUGUU